UUCAAAAAAUGGCGGACCGUAUUCAGUGUAGAAGUCGAAGAUCAACGGAAAGUCUGUCAGCUAUUAUCGAAGAUAGCAUAUCCAAAACAUUACAAGCAAACGAAGAUAUUGAUAACAACGAAAAACAGCGAAUAUUUGACAGGUUCAAAGAGAUAUAUUCUGGGUGUAUCAAAAGCAACGUUGUGAUUGACGGACAGAGAUGGGAUGAAGCAUGUGGAGAUGAAACUGCAGAAUUCAAGCCAAUUGAUAUUGAGAAAAAGAACUACCUAAACACAACUUUAGUUGAGUUAGUGUAUGAUUCCACCUUGGAAGUUUGUGGCCGACGGAAAAAAUAUCCUCCAAAGCUCACAAUCAAUUGUAGAAAAAUUUUGGAAGCAAAAACGGUCCAAUGUGUAAAGACAAAAAUUCAGCUCCCUGGUGUUAAAGUGUGUUCACAUACAACUGAGAAUGGGCAGAAGAAUUCUCUGACAAUAGAAAAACUAGCUGACUCCUGCAAGGAACUGACUUCACAAAUUAAGUCUGUUCCAGAUGUAGUGGUUAAGACAGAAAGACUGAAGAAAUCAACAGAUAUGUUUAAAAACCACAAAAUGACUUUGCCAAAUGGUGUCUUGUUGAAUGACAGCAUAGUUUGCCCGCAUGAAGACACUUCCCUGCGAAGCAAGCUUCUCUUACAGCUUCAGUAGUCCUUCACUGGUGUUUGAUUUGUGUUUUGUCCUUGUUUUGUUCAGAUAUUAUGUUGUGGAACUGUUACACAUGUGUUACCAUUUUUAAACAAAUAUACAUAUUUUUAUGGAACUCUCCUUUUAGGCAUGACAUGUGACCUAUUUGCUUUUAAAAGAUAUAUCUGAUUUUGUUAAAAAUGUACAUAUAUAUAGUGUACUGAUAUGUUUAUUUUUUUGUGUCUGAUUAAAGUCCAAAGUGUGGUAAUUAGACAAUGAAUCAUAUAGCUUUUAGAUUUAUAUGUAUAGAGUUGUUGGGGUAUUGUUCCUCACAUGCCAAAAAAAAGUAUUGUCAAAGCAAUGCAAAAAUUAUCUCUUAGUCAUCUCUUAGUUUUUAUUGGUAUACCUGAUGGGUAAUUUGUUGACAACAUGUGAGGAACUUCAGCCCUACAGAUUGUCGGUCCAAAUUAACUCGAAGAUUAACAGAUCUGAAGCUCUAAAUCAUAGUGAAUUGUCAUAAAUGGCUGCUGUGAAACUUAAAAGUCUUAAUUGUAUCUUGAUUCAAAAUCAUUGUUUCAUAUAUUCUCUCUCUCUCUCUCUCUCUCUCAUACAAGCCAAAGUAUGUUACUGAUAUUGAAAUACAUGUAUAUUUGUUGGGAUAGUGCUUGAUAGCAGUUGUUGUUUUGUUGCCAAAACAUCCAUAUUUGUAUAUUUAGAUUUCUCUUCAGUUGAUUUUGUUAACAUUUUGGUUAUUUUUGUUAACUUGACAACUGCUAGUUACUUGUCACUUCAACUACUAAGGAUGGUUCUUGUAUAUAAUUGUAUAAAAUGUCUCUCACCAAUGAAUUCCAAAUAAUGCCAACAUUAUGCACUAUUUUCUUGAUGCGUUGGGAUACCAAUUGUUUAAAAAAAAGAGAGAGAGAAUAUUCUCUGUAACAUUUUAUUUCAGUAAAUUCGUUUCAAAGCAAAUGUAUCAAAAUAUUGUAUCACAUGUCUGCCUAGACUUUGUCUUGGCUUUCAUUCAUAUGAUAGUUUUCUACCAUUACCGGUACACUGUUGUCAAAUGGCUUGUGAUUUCAUUUUACAAAAGUACAAAAAAUGGUGUACAAAAUAAAUAUGAUAUUGAA